UCUGUCUGUCCAUAUCUGACUGUUAUAAUGCCAGGGGGGUCUACAAAAAAGAUCUGCCCCUUUUGCCAGGGCAUUUUAUUUUGCGCUAAAAAAAUAUGUUCACAUUAUAAAAAGGAGCAGCCUCUGAAACAGCGCCUCAAGAAAAAGCUUCAGAGGUUUGAUGAGAAGCGAGAGGAAUGGGUGAUUGGUCACAAGAAAAACCACAACAUGGCAUCCAUCAAGGAUGAAGCCAAUAUCAUGCUGGAGAAACUCCAUGCCAUUGGAUAUAAGCCACUUCUCCUUCUUGGAAAGGAGACCAACAAAAAAACAUUUAAGUGUGAAAUUUUGACCCCCCGCUGCACACUCUCCGCCUAUGCCAAGGACUACCUUCAGAAGAUAGGUUUAUUUUAUGAAUAUCUUUGUGAAGGUUGGACCCAGGAUUCCAGUGGCAAUGACCAGCUGAUUACGCUGCAGCUCACACCUUGUGACCCAAUAGAAAACAAACAACCAGAAGAAGGCGAGCAGGCGAGCCCCACGGAGGGUCAGGCCGAGCAGGCGAGCCCCACGGAGGGUCAGGGCGAGCAGGCGAGCCCCACGGAGGGGCAAGCUGUCUUCACAGGGUCAGCCAGGGGCAAAAGGAAAAAGUCUGGGGGACCAAGGCAUAUGCCUGAAAGAAAAAGGCCACAAAAGAAUUGCUCCUACCACACUCGCCUAGAGGCUUUCCCCAUCAGGAGUGUUGUAAAAGAAAGAGUGAGAAAGGGCAAAGCAGAAAUGCUGGUUGACUGGGAGCCCUGUCCAGUAUGAUUAAACAAGCCUUUUAACAAGUUGGUGAGCAGUGGGCCAAUUCCUGGCAGCCAAAGGAUUCUCUCCGAAAUAAUGAAAAUAAAUAAAAUGUAUGUUUUGAACUCCA